CAAAGGUUUUUACAUAGGUCCUACAUGCAAAUCAAAUAGCUAUCCAUGGAAUAUUAGAACUUGACUUGCUCCAUUCUCAUACUUUUUGUGUCUCACGCUAAAGAAAUGAGAGAUGCAGAAUUCUAAGGCUAAAUAGCUAGGAAGUAUUCAUUCAAGCUUGAAUAUUCUUCAAAGAGAGUGUGGGGGCAAUUCUAAUCGGAGGAAGAAACAUAAGGGAAGUCAACCCAGAUGUUUUCCACCAGAGCCCUCCUUUUGGCUGGUCUGAUUUCCACUGCACUGGCCGGGCCAUGGGCUAAUAUAUGUGCUGGCAAGUCUUCCAAUGAGAUCCGGACGUGUGAUCGCCAUGGCUGUGGACAGUACUCUGCUCAAAGAAGUCAGAGGCCUCACCAGGGUGUGGACGUCUUGUGCUCUGUUGGAUCUACUGUGUACGCACCAUUCACCGGAAUGAUUAUGGGCCAGGAGAAACCUUAUCAAAACAAAAAUGCUAUCAAUAAUGGUGUUCAAAUAUCUGGAAGAGGUUUUUGUGUCAAAAUGUUCUACAUUAAGCCAAUUAAGUAUAAAGGUCCUAUUAAGAAGGGAGAGAAACUUGGAACUCUAUUGCCCCUGCAGAAAGUUUAUCCUGGCAUACAAUCACAUGUGCACAUUGAAAACUGUGACUUGAGUGAUCCUACUGCAUACCUGUAAAUGGAAGGCAAAUGGUCAGAUCUUCAGAAUAAAAAUCAUCUUCUUAAAAACCUGGAUGUAUAUCCUGCUCUUCAAGAAAUUGGUGUUCACAAAGGAUUAAAGCUUGACGGGAUGGAUACUCCAUUUUCCAUGAUGUGAUUAUAAUACUUUGCAUGCCUGUAUCAAAACAUCUCAUCUACCUCAUAAAUAUAUAUAUGUACCCACACAAUUUUUUAAUUAAAAAAAAGAAUUUGAGUUUAUAGAAACUUGAUAAAUGCAAGAAAGAAACAUUUUAACUCAUUGUCACUCUGAUGUUCAAGAGAACUGCUUUAUUCAGGCUCUUUGAAUUUUCUGUCACCUAUGGAAUAUGGGUGGUUUUGUUUUUUAGAUUUAUCAGCCCCAAAGAUCUAAGAUAAAGAAACAAGGAAACUUAAGCUGGGCCAGGCUGCAUUUCUGACACCCUUAAAACUAGCGACCUUUCUGCUUAAAAAUAAAAAGCCUAUGGUACAAGAGCAGCAAGUGGUUUACAAUGCCAGAUGUAGUAUACAUUUAAUACAUAUUCAGUGAAUAAGUUGAGUUUAGGUGGUGGACUCUCAGCAAUAUCCUUAGGUUUAUCAUAUUGGCUGGAGAGAGAGCUGCUUUCAUGGAUAAUACAGGAUUUGCUGGUAUUUCCAGUCACACUCUCCCACGUGGUUACGAAUGAUGGCAGUUCAAGAAAACAUUCCAGAUUUCAAUGAGGCUGCACUACAAGAAGGACUAGAAUGAGAACGAGGCCUACCUUAUCUGAAGUGUCUCAUGGAACCCGGCCUGUCAACUUCAUCUAGCCAUAUGCAUACUACAGCUGCUUAUUUCUAUACAUCGUUGUAUGUCUAUGUUAUUCUGUCUUAGUUAUAUUGACAACAGGUACUAAGAGGAAACAAGACCAUACAAAUGUCCAAGGGACCAGAAAUAAUUCUGGCUCCUUAGAGUUUAGCCAGUCAGU